AUGGGUCUCCAGAAUAUAAACAUCCCCACCGCAAAACGCUACCUCCCAUUGCUAAUAUCCUACAUAGUCGACUGGGUAUUCAUCAUAGGAAUAGCCCUAAUAGGCUACGGCUUCCACAAAGUCACCCCCAACCACCGUCCCUUCACACUAACAGACCCCAGCAUCUCAUUCCCCUACACCGUCCACGAAACGGUAAGCACAGCCGUCCUCGUCGUCGUAGCCCUUAUCGCGCCGGCUGUGAUCAUCGUUCUCGUGACUCUGGUCAUUAUCCCCGGGUCAUGGGGUCGGGGCGCGACCUGGCGGGUGAAGGUCUGGGAGUGGAAUGCUGGGUGGUUGGGGCUGGCGUUGGCUGUUGCUGGGGCGUUUAUGGCCACCGAGGGGUUGAAGGAUUUGUAUGGCCGGCCCAGACCGGAUAUGUUGGCUAGGUGUGAUCCUGAUUUGAGUAAUAUUGGGGAUUAUGUGGUUGGGGGGCUUGGGGGGAAGGUGGAGGGUGCGCCGACGGUGGUGAGUUGGGAGAUUUGUAGAAAUAGGGGGAAGAUGUUGGUUGUGGAUGGGUUUGUGAGUUUUCCGAGUGGGCAUUCUUCUUUUGCCUUUGCCGGAUUGACCUAUCUGAGUCUGUGGUUAUGCGCCAAGUUCUCCAUUGGAUUCCCCUAUCUGGCGCAUUCGCCCUUCGGCCAGGAUUUGCGCGCCCAGAAGCGCGAGACCAUUCGCGACCUGGGAGCUGCGCCUCCCGUCCUCUUGGUGAUCCUUGCCUUUGUCCCGAUGGCAGUCGCCUUCUUCAUCUCCGCGUCGCGCUGGUUUGACUUCCGGCAUCAUGCAUUCGACAUCAUCUUCGGCUCCGUCAUGGGUAUGGUUUUCGCCUGGGGCGCAUUCCGUCUGUAUCACCUCCCCGUCAUGCGCGGUGGCGGCUGGGCAUGGGGCGCUAGAAGUCGGCGACAUGCCUUCUUCAAGGGCGUCGGACUGCCCAGUCACAUUGGCGGCGACAACUGGUCCAGCAUGAAAGAUAUCCCACAGACGGAAUCUCGUGCGGCAGGUCAAGACAUCGACCUGGAAAGCGGGUCACGUAACCUGGCCGAAUGA